CCCUAGUGCAUUGUCGGACGACCGAGGAGCAAAAUAACGCCUUGUUGUCCAUGCAUUGACGUUGAAUUUCAAAUUAUGGAAUGAAGAAAUGCGAGUGGAAGUGUUAAGGCGAGAUGGCCACCGUCAAGCACCAUGAGGUGGAGACGACCAAGAAAAGGAAAACCACUUCAGAGGAACAAGACCAAGAACAAAAACGAGAAGACGCCCAACGCGUUGGGGCAACAAGCAGAGGUGGUCUGAGCACCGUCUCGGAGGAGCCUGCCUCCAGCACCGAUGAGGAGCACCACCGAGACGCCCAACGAGCCAAAUACCUAGCCAGUCUGCGCCCAAUACCAUUAGCUCCAUCAGUACACCCUCACCACUAUCACCACCAGGCUCUUCACCAUCACCACUCGCCACCAUACCUCAUAGAUCCUACCAAUGGAUGGGCGACCUUGGAUCCACGCUAUGUGCAAACAAUGGAUGGAAGACUGAGCUUCCAUCCCCCCAUACCAGUGGAUUCGAGGACCCACGAAGGUCGGUACCAUUUUGAUACGCUCCCGAUGCAUCAUCCAUUACAAGGACACCCAUCAGGCAGCAGUCCAGCCUUGUCAGAUGUCUCCUUGAUCCGUCUAACCCCACAGCGAGGGGGUACCUCAGAGUCUCCAGGCUACCCCCUGUACAUGCAGCACUACAUGGAGCAGUUCCGUGGCAGUCCGGCGGCAAUGUCCGCAAUGCAGCAUGCACGUGGGGUCAGUCCAAGCAGCAGAUCCUAUGGUGAAGGAGGGAUACCACCGGGUCAUCCUGCUGCCAUACCACCCUACUAUGGUCAUCACAUCUCAUCUCUUAGUCAACACAGUCUAUUUGCUCAUGACUUCGUCAGUGCCCCACCGAGUACAGCUGGAAGCAUAGAGCACCCGGCACUGGAUGUUGGAUCAGUCGAAGGAUCCCGUUUCUCAAGCCCUCGCCCGAGUGACCGUCGCAGCCGCAAGAGGGCGCUUUCCAUUUCCCCGCUCUCAGGCGAGUGUCUCGACAUCAACGCAAUGAUAAGAACAUCUCCUAACUCCCUGGUGGCUUACAUCAAUAGCUCGCGAAGCUCUUCCAGUGCCAGUGGGUCAUACGGUCAUCUCUCUGCAGGGACUGUUAGCCCGUUGAGUUGGCACCCCUCUGUAACGCCAAUAGCACAUCUCCAGCAGUUACAACAGCAGCUGAUGAGGCAGAGGUCAGGUAAUCCAUUCAUACCAUCAGCGAUGCCACCUCCCCCUGCAGGUGCCAUGCAGCACCAUCCAGCCAUGGCCACGCUGCUGGCCCGAGCCCAUCCCACAAACACCCACGAGGAGAUCACAGCCAUGCAGAUGGCUGCAGAGACCAAGCACAGUAGCCGGUUAAUGACGGAUAGGAAACCAACAGAUUUAACUCAUGAGGGACACAGUCCUCGGAAGAUUCUAGAACCCAACAACAACAACCUGGUGAGCAGCAGUCUGGACCACGAAAACAGGAACAUGAGGCACAAUCCGAACGAGGCCUCCCCAAACAUUGUCUCGUCCACCUGUCAUGUGGACAUCAAGAAGGCGCCCAUGGACGGCGGCCACAGGGCAGGGCAUGAGAGGCACAGUAAGGUGGAGGUGGUUGGGAUGACCUCGGAGGACGGGGGUAAGGGGAUCAUGGAGGAGGAUGUACCGGUGGUGACGGACUGUGAAUGGGACAGCUGCGAGGACAGGUUUGACACCCUGGAUCAACUAGUUCAGCACAUCUUGAACGAUCACAUCCACAAUGAGAGGAAGGAGUUUGUGUGUCGAUGGAGAGGGUGUAUCCGUGAAGAGAAACCAUUCAAGGCUCAGUACAUGCUGGUCGUUCAUAUGAGGAGACACACAGGGGAGAAACCCCAUCAGUGCACGUUUGAGGGCUGCAACAAGGCGUACUCUCGUCUAGAGAACCUCAAGACUCAUCUUCGAUCUCAUACCGGAGAGAGACCGUAUGUCUGUGAGUUCCAAGGAUGUACCAAAGCCUUCUCCAAUGCCUCAGAUAGAGCCAAGCACCAAAACAGAACACAUUCCAAUGCAAAACCCUACGUCUGCAAAAUCACAGGCUGCACCAAGCGAUACACAGACCCCAGCUCGCUCCGUAAGCACGUCAAGACAGUCCACGGCCCUGACGCUCACGUCACAAAGAAACAACGCGGGGAUAAACAUGACAGGACAAGCGGUGGCGCCAACGAGGGCAGCACGAGGGACCAUCAGCCGGGUUCAGUUAAGUCGGAGAGUGCGGAGAGCGUUGAUGGGAGUGUGGUCAGUGUUGGUCAUCGUAACGAGAGGCCGCAGAGUGUACCCCCGUCUGAUCUCCAUAUUGACGUGGUGCAUGACAGCCCAGUGGCCGAGUGUCUCACGUUACAGCACGAGUACAGCUGCUCACCGCACAACGACAGCGGCGUCGAAAUGACCAUUCCGGGUGGCAGCCUCACCGAUCUGACCGCCAUUGAAGACGACAAGAUCCAAGAUGACCACAUCAGUUCCAACAUGGGUCCUACUCACACGCGCAACCGGGGCCGUAACCGAGGUUCAACGCUGACGACCACGGCGCCCUCGCAGGCGGUGCGGCCGAUGAGCCCCCUGGCGUGUAAGCCGUCACGGCAGAGGAUGAAAGUCAACACUCCGGCGGUGAACCGACUCGCUCAGAAAGUGAAAUCGGCUCAGGCGUUACCCCAGCUGCCGCAAGUUGUAACAAGAAGGGGAGCGAUUGUGAAUUCUUCCAGCGAGUUUAAACCCAAGGAUCGCAUCAUUGUCAAGCUACAGGCAGAGGAGAUGGGUCGUUGUGAAAGCGGCCAGUCGUUCGUCGGUAGCAUGGAUAGCCUCGGUAUGCGCCGUGGAAGCAACGGCAGCACGGUCAGCUCUUACUACAGCAGCCGUCGCUCCUCAGAAGCUUCCCCGUUCCCUCUCAGCCAGUUCUCCAGUCGACGUUCCAGCGAGGCAAGCACCUAUCUUUCAUCCCGGCGGGCGUCGGGUGCCAGCUCGCAGUACUCCAAUCGCUUGGGUGCUCUCUCUAGCUCUCUUUACGACCCUAUAUCGCCUGGAUCGUCGCGGCGGUCUAGCGGUUUCAGUGGGAUGAGUGGGCCGACGGGGUUACCAGGUCUAACCUUACAGGAGCAGCAACGCCUUCAGGCUAAAUAUGACCAGGUGACUGGACAGCAGAACUCCUGGGGUGCGGAUAGAUUUGCCCCCUCUCCUAUGCCUGGGUAUAAUGGGCACAGUGGGAGCUACCCGAGCCGCACCCCGUUACCCCAUGAGGUACCCGGUGUGGGCAUAAGGAGGGCGAGCGAUCCAGUCCAGCAGCAGCGGCAACAGGAACCCGUACUGCAGCGCUAUAACAGUUUAAGCAACAUCAACCCGCUGCCAAUGCCGGAGAACAUGUCCAGCUUAACACAGCGAAGCCGACCGAUCGAUAUGCCACCUGUCAUGAGCAAUCAUUGGCAGGGAGAUCAUGGUAUGGGGAUGCAGAAUGGAACCGAAGGAAUGGGACGCAGGGAUAACUUGCAGAAUGAUAUGUACCCUCAAAUGAUGUCCAACCAACAAGGGUACAGUAAUAGCUACUCUGAACCUAAGAUGAUGAACGGUGGUUAUAUGGAUACUCAGCACACCGUGCAGCAGCAGCAAGGCAUGCAACAUGUUAACCCGCAGUACCAGACAAACCACAUGCAGGUGAAUGAACCACAGUAUAUAAGCCAACAGCAACAGCAGCAGCAGCAGCAGUUUCCCAACACGAUGCCCAACCCCAUGGAGAUGUCACCAGGUUGCAACCAAGUCAGCAGUACGGUGGACGUCCCUGGAGCCAAUCGCUACGACCACACCAUUCCCCAGAUGGACUGCGAUGACCCAAUCGCUAACGGUCUGGCUGCAUUGUCUGCAGAUGGACUGGACAACGUCCAGCCACUCAUUCCCGGGGGGAUGGUCAGUCCAACCGACAUCAUUAACGGCAUCGGAUGUGAGAGUCCCUUAGUACCAAAUAUGAACCCUAUGUCCAACAUGGUCGUCAAUGAUAUGUCGUCCAUGCUGACAUCGUUAGCCGAAGAGAACAGGUACUUAAAUAUGAUGAGCUAAAAACGAGACACGCGUGAGCUGACAGCAUUCUCUCGUAUCAGUGGUCCUCUGGCCAACUACCAGUUUUUUAAUUUUAUGAGGACCAGUCAAAAUUUCUCCAGGGCCUGUUUUUGGUUAGCAAAUUUUUGUGCUGUAGCGUACAAAAUUGGCGUAAAUUGGUGUAAGCAUAUUUAACAGGUUGGCAAGAAAAUCUGGUGGCCAUCUUGCAUGUUCAAGGACUAAUGGAUUUGCAUUUUGAUGUCAUUCAUUCAUUUUUUUUUACAUUUUUUUCUUCAAUAUAUAUGUAUUUUUCAAAACGUGUUUUUGAAACUGAAAUGUUGAGGUGGGCAGUUUUCCAAAACAAUUUUGAAAAAAAAAAAACUUUGAUAACUUUUAAUUCCCUCCAAAUGGUGCUUAACAGUUUUUAAUGUUUGCACAUUUUAUAUUAUUAUCCUUUCCAUCUCAAUAAUGUGAUACACUUUUGCAGUAUUCAUUUUUUUUUUUACUGUGUGUGAUCAGCAAAAGUAUUUUUGUAAUGUCCAGUAUGUUUGUUUAUCAGUACACAAAAACCAACUCCUGUAUUCAGCCCCAAACAACUGUACAACUUGUUUAUCUGAAAGUAACCUCCUUUAAAACUAUCAAAAAGGUUAGAAGCCAGUGUCUGCAUUCCUCAUUGUCCCCCCCCCCCCAUUAAAACACAGUUGGCUCUCGUUAUAACAAGAUCCAUGGGACUGGCCCAAUUACCUCUUUGUAACAGGAACGUUGUUAUAAGAGGACAGCAAUUUAAAGAAUGAAAAGGCAGAACAAAAUCAGAGCGUACUCUUUUUAUUGCAGAACCUCUUCAUGAGAGUGCCCUUUGUUAUGAAGGGUCGACUGUAAACUAAGAUAAUCAGUGAGAAAUAGUUUCAGUUGAACUUUGUAUCAGCUACAUUUUGAAUGUAAACAAAUCAUUUUGUCUCAGGUGGGUUUAAACAGACAACCCUAUUACCGGGUAUAUAAAAAAAAAUACACAGUUCAAAAUAAGUAAAUCUGAUAUCACUUCUCUAUGCAAGAAUGAUGCUGUGGGUCCAAGCUCAGCGUUUGAAAAUUGAUUUUCAUUAAAACUUUUUUUUUUGUAAGUAAGUUUUUUCCAUCGCUGAAAUGUGCCUUCUUUUUAAAAGAAGACAACUGCAUGAAGUUAAUGUUAACUUCCUAUAAAUUAUCCAGAGUUUCCAACAUUUUUAAGGUAAAAGAAAGAGUGUCACUUUAAUACCACUUCAGGGUGAUCUCAAAUGCGAGUCCAUCUUAAGUACAAAGCUAAAUGUGAUGUCACAAUACAAAUCACUAUGGAAAUAUUGACAACUCUUCUUAAGAUGAAUCUUGGUUAAAUAUUGAGCUCUGGCAAACCCGUCUCUACUUUUUUGACGAACUGCAGGUCCGUGCCUUUUAUGAUUGGACAUAUUUAUUUCACAUAAUCACAUAAAUGUACAUGUUCCCCAUUUUGAGGCUAAGCAGAACAUUUUACUAAUGGUAAAAGGUGCUAUUUUUAUGUUUAAAAAGUACUAAUGUGUCGUUAACUUAAAUCAAAGUGUCAAAGAUCCAAUUAUUUGUAUUUAUGGAUAAAUCAUGUACCCAUAAUUAUGUGAAUCGUGACAGUUGCAAAUUUGAUUCAAACAAAGUGCCUGUGGUUCCUUGGAACUGUUCAUAUUGGUCUCCUCUCAGAUUUUUCUUGUAAGGGGUUAAUUUUUUGGUUUCAAAGAUGAAAGACUCUACCUGUGUUAUGACCAAACCUCUAGACAUAUUUAAAGGAACAUUACAGAAUUGGUUUGGCUAGCAAAAAAGUUGCUGGCAGUGCAAGCACUUUU